UGUCUAAUGCUGCGCAUGCGCACAGCAUCACACACGGCUCAAAGCCGUCCUGUGUGAGACUCUGCCGGUUUCUCUCGGAUGGCUGUGUCCUCUGACUCCCCAGUCUGUCUGCCCACAUUCCCCACAGCAUGGGUCUGUCUAUUUAAAGUACCAGCCAAUCGGCUCCUAUCAUUUUUCAAACACAACCUGUGGCAUAGCAGUUAGGAGCCGAUUGGCUGAUACUUUAUCUCCAUCCAAGGCUAGGCUUAGUAAAUAGACCGUGUGUGCUGUGACUCCCCUCUCUAUGUCCCAUUCCCAGCAGCAAUAUGUGUGCUGUGAGUUCUCUGUCUCUCAGCCCCAUCCCCGGCAGAAGUCCCUGUGUGCUGUGACUCCCUCAUUUCACCUGCCAGGCUGCCUGCUAGAACCAACCAUAUCCUUCUGUAGCAGCUGUGUGCUGUGACUCCCCUGCCUCUGUCCCAUCCCCAGCAACAGUCUGUGUUCUGUGACUCCCUGGUCUCUGACCCAGCCCGCAGCAGUCUGUGCGCCUCCUCGGGCUCUCUCUACCUCUCUCCUCCGCUGCCGUCUCUCCGCACCGCCCCCUUGUGUCUGUCCCGGCUGCUGCUGUGUCUCCGCGGCCGAUGUGCCCGUGUGUCCCCGGCCCGCAGUGCCUGCCCGUGCCGCCUGCCCUCUCCCUCUGCACCGCAGGCCGUAGCACCAUUGCGCAUGAGCGAGAUCGUAGAGAGCCUGUGAGAGCGGAGAGCGCCACUCACACUCACCUGGAGGCCGAGCACCAACAUGAACAAGUUGAAAUCCUCGCAGAAAGAUAAAGUUCGUCAGUUUAUGAUCUUCACACAAUCUAGUGAAAAGACUGCAGUAAGUUGCCUCUCCCAGAAUGACUGGAAGCUAGAUGUUGCUACAGACAACUUUUUUCAGAACCCUGAACUCUAUAUCAGAGAAAGCGUAAAAGGAGCUUUGGACAGAAAAAAAUUAGAGCAACUUUAUAAUAGAUUCAAGGACCCUCAGGAUGAAAAUAAAAUUGGAAUAGAUGGCAUCCAGCAGUUUUGUGAUGACUUGGCACUCGAUCCUGCCAGCGUCAGUGUACUAAUUAUCGCAUGGAAAUUCAGAGCAGCCACACAGUGCGAGUUUUCAAAGCAAGAAUUCAUGGAUGGUAUGAUAGAAUUAGGGUGUGACAGCAUAGACAAAUUAAAAGCACAGCUCCCGAAAAUGGAACAGGAAUUAAAAGAGCCGGGGAGGUUUAAGGACUUUUAUCAGUUUACAUUCAGCUUUGCAAAAAAUCCAGGGCAGAAAGGUCUAGACUUAGAAAUGGCCAUUGCUUAUUGGAAUUUAGUACUUAAUGGACGAUUUAAAUUCCUAGACUUAUGGAACAAGUUUUUAUUGGAACAUCAUAAACGAUCAAUACCUAAGGACACAUGGAACCUUUUACUAGAUUUCAGCACAAUGAUAGCAGAUGACAUGUCUAACUACGAUGAAGAAGGAGCAUGGCCAGUUCUCAUUGAUGACUUUGUGGAAUUUGCACGUCCUCAAAUUGCAGGGACAAAAAGUACAACAGUGUAGCACUAAGGGACCUUCUAGAAUGUACAUAGUCUGUACAAAUCAACACAACAGAAAAUUGCACAGUCUUCUGACUGAACUGAAAAUAAACCCUUGCAGCAAUUCCAGAGGGUUUAAACCAGACAUUUGGAGACCUCUUUAAGACCAUAACCUAUUUCAUUCUUCUGGUGGUUUGGGCCUUUCUCCUAGUCCUGGAGCGCAAUUCAUGUUUCCAGAUUUUGGAUUUUAUUACAUAUCUGUGGAAUAUCCUAGUUUGCUUUCAUACUUUUUUUUUUUUAAGAUGAAUUCUGGGUCUUUUUCACAUUUACAUAAAGCACAAUGCUGCCUUCAUCUGCAAACGUCAUCAUAACCUCGGUGAAACUUUUUCUGUUUGCUAGUUUCAGAGACUAUGCAGGUAGCACCCAAUCACAUAAUGUGCUGCUGUUCUCCUAUAAAGGGACAUGAAGAUGGUGUUCCUCGUGGUCUGCUUUGGAUCACACCAUUAAACUCAACAGGCAAUACAAAGGUAGUAUUCACCUGUUUGUAGGUACCAAAGGAAGUGUUUUGCUGGAAGACUUGGAGAGGACUUCAACAAUCAAAACUCGCCUGCUGGUUUAUUUUCCUCUGUUGUUCAAAUGUUAACAUCAUGUAAUGUUGUCUUCGGAAAGUGUUCUUUGAAAGGAACACAGCUGCACCUACUUCUUGUAGUAGGUCUGUGUAAUAUUGAGCCUCUGGUAAUGGCUGGUGACAUCCCAUUUUCUGGGCCGUUACUACAUAUGGACAUGAGAGUUGACAUUUAUUUUUUACAUUUUAAUAUUGACUCUAGACCCUUUUUGUCAUUAAGUAGGAAUCUAGGUCAUCAAUGUCUUUAAAUGUCAUCUCUCUUUUGUCCUCAUAGAAGACACAUCUCUGCCACUCUGUGUCUCCUUGUAGGUUCCUCUUUUUAUCAAAGCAUACCUGCACCGCUUUUGUGCAGAAGCUGAAAGAGAAUAAAUACUUGGGGAGACAUUCAAUUGUUUGAAAAGUCAGUUGGGUGUCUGUUUUUUCCUAUUUAAUAGACAGGAAAAAAUAGACACCCAACUGACUUUUCAAACAUUUGAAUUCCCCCAUUGGUGUCUCAUGUGCAUAUAAAGUACAUCUGCUGCUCUCAGUACAAGGAUAAACGGGAAUAACCCAAUGAAGGGCCCCAUAGAACAGCACUGAGCAUUACUCGUCUGUUUAUGUGUUUUAAGUAAUGAGGCAACAGAUCUCCUGGCUGCUGAGUUCAGUGGAGGGUUUUUUUUCCUUUUUAGACCUGGCGGUAUCAGAAAAAGUUUUGAAAAUUGUGUUUUUCUUAUAACAUGCUAAAUAACAUUUAACUUAUCUAA